AAGUGGCUCAUCAAGUCAAGAAAAUUCCAUGUUGCAUCAUUUCUACAGGCGGGAGAAUUAUUUAUCUGACCAGACAAGUACCACAGCAUGUUCCGGUGAGAAUGGUGAGAAGUGAGUCCAUGACCCCGUGUCGCACGUGCACAGACUUCAAGAGCUGGAGCAAACAGAUGAGCAUGCCAUCGACUGGGAAGGAGGGUCAGCAAAAGGCACACAGGACUGACUGUCCCCUCGAUAAGAAUGAACUAGGACGCUCUACAUGGGGAUUCCUGCACACAAUGGCUGCCCAUUAUCCAGAAUCCCCGAGUCAAGAGGAAGUGCGCGACAUGAAGAACUUCUUCAGCCUCCUCUCGAGGUUCUAUCCCUGCGAGUACUGCGCGAAGGACCUGCGAGAUGAACUGAAAGUCGAUCCCCCUAAGGCAAAGACCCAGAGCGAACUUUCCCAGUGGCUGUGUCGGCUGCACAACAAAGUCAAUGUAAAGCUGGGAAAGAAGGAGUUUGACUGUGCGAAGGUCAAUGAGAGAUGGAGAGACGGAUGGCUGGAUGGGUCCUGUGAUUGA